CUCCUUUUCAAUGCCAUUUCUAUUUUCAGUUAUUUUUCCUGAAGUUGUUGACAUCUUCUAAUUUAUGAAACAUUUUAGUGGAAACUGCCCGGAUGUAGCCGUAAUUUUUGAAUUUAAUGACUGAAUUGAAAUCAGGUUAAUGCAACUCAAACCAUCAUGAGCUUUAGUGUCAGUACAGAAAAUCUUCCCUCAGAAGAGACCGAAGGACAGAGUCAUGAUGUUGCUGACGGAGGAAACAUGUGUUUGGAAUUGGCGCUGGAGGGAGAGCGACUUUGCAAAGCCGGUGACUGUAGAGCAGGAGUUGCUUUUUUCCAAGCAGCAAUUCAAGCUGGCACUGAUGACCUCCGUACUUUAAGCGCCAUUUACAGUCAGCUGGGGAACGCUUACUUUUACCUAGGAGAUUACGCCAAAGCAAUGCAAUAUCAUAAACACGAUCUCACUCUUGCAAGAACAAUGGGAGAUAAACUUGGUGAAGCAAAGUCAAGUGGGAACCUAGGCAAUACUUUAAAAGUCAUGGGUCAGUAUGAUGAAGCAAUGAUAUGUUGCAAGCGCCACCUAGAAAUAUCUCGAGAAUUAAAAGAUCGGCUAAGUGAAGGUAGAGCCUUGUACAAUUUAGGCAAUGUCUAUCAUGCGAAAGGAAAACACAUCGGCAAAAUGGGCCAACAAGAUCCUGGAGAAUACCCAGAAGAUGUUCGUGUCUGUCUCCAAAGCGCUAUUCAUUAUUACGAGCAAAAUCUGGAGCUCAUGCAAGAGCUAAACGAUACAGCUGCACAAGGACGUGCAUGUGGAAAUCUUGGGAAUACUCAUUAUUUGCUGGGUAAUUUUCAGCAAGCUGUCUGUUACCAUAAACAACGAUUAAAAAUUGCCCGUGAAUUUGGAGACAAAGCAGCUGAAAGACGGGCAAAUAGCAAUCUUGGAAAUUCUUACAUAUUCCUAGGUCACUUCGAAACUGCUGCCGAUCAUUACAAGAAAACGCUUGCUCUAGCUCAGGAACUUGGUGAUCGUGCAAUCGAAGCUCAAGCCUGCUAUAGUCUUGGCAAUACUUAUACUCUUCUUCGAAAUUAUGAACAGGCCAUAGAAUACCAUCUGAGACAUUUGAUAAUAGCCCAACAGUUAUUAGACCGUGUUGGGGAAGGACGAGCAUGUUGGAGUCUAGGAAACGCUCAUGCAUCUUUGGGGAACCAUGAAAAAGCACUAUAUUUUGCUAAAAAGCAUUUAGAAAUUUCAAAAGAGUUAGGUGACAAUGUUGGUCAAGUCACUGCACAAAUGAAUGUGACGGAUUUGCGUAAAAUAUUGGGAAUGUCUGACCAGGAACUGUCACCCGACAGCAUGGAGCUGAUAAACACCUAUCAGUCAUCACCAGCGGUACAUCGAUAUAGGGUGAGACGUCACAGCAUGGAUCAGCUUGAUCUAAUCAAGCUGACUCCGGAUGGCAAAUCUAAUUCCAACGCACAUUUCAAACCGAAUGCCAAGACUGACACUGGGGAGGAAGAAUCGUUCUUUGAACUUCUAUCAAAAUUCCAGUCUGAGAGAAUGGACGAUCAAAGGUGCUCUUUAGCUGUCUCGAAAACCAACAAAGAAACUGAAGAAUACCAUUCACUUCCGGUUACUUUAAGUACAGCUGGCAACAGUGAGAACAAAGAAAACUUGAACAAUAACACUGCACCAACUUUGAGCACAAACACCAAUGGUGAUGUUCAAGAUGAUCUGAUCGAUUUAAUCGUGGGUAUGCAGAGCAAGAGAAUGGAUGAACAGCGUGUGGCUCUUCCACACCUACCUGGCCUGUGUCCACCAGGAUCGAAACAACAUGAUUCGAUGCCAGAUGACAACUUUUUGGACAUGUUGAUGCGGUGCCAAGGAGCGAGAAUAGAGGAUCAACGCAGCUCCUUACCGCAGGAAGAGGAUGGUGCCUCUCUACCACCCCAGCUCAACCAGAACAACCGAGGCGCCACCGUGCCGGAUGAAGACUUCUUCUCACUCAUCAUGAGACUGCAGUCAGGAAGAAUGGAAGAUCAGCGAGCGUCAGUACCCAAGCCAAAAAAGUAAAUAACUCAUUCGUGUUUAACGAAGUCCCAGGUCCCCCUGGCUUUAUGCAUAACUCCAAUUUUUUUAUUCGUUUAUUUCUAUUUGUUAAAUAGUUUCAGCCAUCUGAUUUUUUUCAAGUUGCACUGUUUUCUUUCCUUUGCGGGUGUAAGUACAGGGGAAAGUGUCAAGUUGCAUUUACAAUUUUAGGUUUUCAUUUUUAUAUUGUUUGAUGUAAAAUCAGUCUUUUCAAGAAAUGAGAUACUAAAUAAAAUGAGAAUUCAUGUUACACAAUUUGUGUGUUCUCAGCUCAAAUUUUCAUGCAAAACAACGGUGAACAUAAUUAAAUUUUCAUAAGAUAACUAUAUGAGAAGGGCUCAAUACUAAGGCAUUAAAGUCUCCCACAUCUAUCAAUGGGAACGUCAUGUUCGCUAAGUAGCUAUAGUCUCUUUUAGUCAAAUUUGGAAUUAAACCGAUUUCUUUUUAUUUUAUUUGGCUAAUUGUAACUACUUAAUUUUUUUGUAACAAUGCAGAACAUUCCUAACUUGUGUGAGUGUCACUGAUUGUUGGUAGGCGGGACUUAUCUGAUGAAAAAUAAUUUUUGCACAAUAUGGUAACACUAUUGUAACAUUUUUACUCGUUUUGAUAGGGAGCAAUCGGAACAGACUCUAAGUACGUAAAUGCCAAAAAUUGCUCGGAGGUUUCUAACCUCACUUUUCUCCACUGCUCUCUCAUUGGUUGUUCCUUGAUCAUGAAAAAGUAACACAAUUAAAUUUGUGAUUUUCUUGUCAAAGUAUGUUAUUAUUAAAGACUGAAAUCCUUCUUGAAAUUGUAUAAGAUCUAGAUUUUAAACAGUUUUCCUCUUGUCUACAUUGGGAGAAAUAUGACUAUUAUAUUAGUCUGAUCUGCCUCCUAUUCCUAUUUAAAUUCAUCGCACUCUUGGGAAAAUGAAUAAUUGGAUAUUGCAAUUUAUUCCGUCAAAAUUCUAAAGAAACUUCACAUACAUAAUAGAGCUGUUAAGUUCUAGGAGAGAAAAUUUCAAGAUAUUUUGACUGUCCCUAUUUUUAUUGUUUUUAUUCAAAACAGUCUGAUUUAAUCUUUAUCAGUUGGUUGAAUUAUUAACCGUAAAAGUAACUACUCACUAUGUCUUACCAUUCUUUAAUCACUUGAAUGACAAUUUUUUUGUGUAUAUUCUUAACAUAUUGUAUAUAAAAUGAUAAAUUUGCAAGCAGAAUCCACAAUUAUUGCUAAGUUUGUAGCUUAUGUUGACCUUUUUCCUUAUAACAAUCAUAGUACUAAAAAAAGGGCUGAUUUUUUUGGUUGUAUUCGCAUAAAAUUGAAAAGGUCGACUUUUCAAUACUGCAGCUAAUAGCAGACUUACAUAACCCCUAAGCAUUUCCAGUGUCCGAAUCUUAAAGCAGUUUGAUAUCAUGGUUGUGAUUUUAGCCUUGAUGAAAAUCGUGUUAGCACGCACCUGUGGUUUUAUUGUUUUAACACUUGUUUUCUUGCACUUUUUUCUUUGAGAAAUAUAUAAAAAAGUUAAAAACAUUUCUUUUAAGAUGGUUUCCAAUAGUGAAACUAUAAAAACACCUAUCUGAAGUGGGUGUUUCAAAUUUUCCACUCUGACUUUAUUUUUCCAAGAGACUGUUCGUCAAUAUUUUUGCGAGUAAUUUUCAGAGUGAAUCUUUAGAAGGGCGUAAAAGCAUUACUCAAAAUUUAUCAAAGUUUGUUCGUCCUUCAUAGAAGUAAAAUAUAGUAAAACAUCUGCAACAUCAGGAGAUGUAUGCUUUAAAAGUUCAAGAAUAAUUUUCAGUGGCCAGGCGAGAAUGAUCAAUUAUCGAUGGUUCCCCAUUUAAAACUGUGGUAAAGAACUGAUCAUCAAGGCUUUUGUUGCAAACACCCUGUUUGUCGAUCCUUUUCUAUAGGUGUAAAUGGCAGACCAAUCGAUUAAUCGCGAAGCAAGUCACGCCACUGAUAAUUUUACAAUUCAAGUGCCAAAUUAAUGGAAAUUAGAAGUCUCUUAGUAGAGGCUACAAAGUAUCUCUGUUUUAAUAUUUCUGUCUUGCUGCAUGGUGUAAUUUUCUUUAAAAUCCACUCCUCUUUCAAAUUAUUUGUUGCAAUGUAUGUGGGUGAAUUACGGUACCUUUUUAAAAAAUUAGAGCCGGUUUUUUUUUCAAUGAUUUUCCUUCUUGAUACUAACUUUUUGCAGGGGUGCAGAAAACGUUCAACUACGUCCCUAGGUGGGGGCAUGAAAAAGUGAAAAGGUCUUGAAACUUGUGAAAGGAGGGAAAAUCCUUAAAGAUGAAAAGUUGCAGGAAAAAAGAAGAAAUAGAUCAUAAUUUUUGAAAGAUCGGGAAAUCUUGUGGAAUGCCGAUGAGAAAAAUGUGAAAGCCUCUAAGAUUCUGCACCCCUCAGUAUUGCCUGAAGGGCUUGAUGAUAGGGAGUCCUGUUAUGUUUCCAAAAUUCAAUAUUCCCCUCGAUGCAUUCUAUUUGUCUUAAUUUUGAUCUCAAAUCUGAUCAAAGUAAAAUUACUUACUUUACCCCCUCAAAAUAUUUGCUUUCUUAUCAUUUUUAAAGAUUCAAUUACUGCUUGUAUGUAUAUAAUUUUUACUGUUCAUUAAACUCAUUGUAAUUUAUAGGUUAUCUCUCAUGGAGACUCAUACUUUUGAUUGCUCCCUCCUUUUUUUAUUUUUUUAUAAUUUAAUGAAAUACAUAUUGCAUUUAGCCGAAAGAAGUGGAAAGGAGAGAAAAAAAAAAACGAUUUAGCGAUACAGUAAUGCAUCCAAAUUAAAUUUAUUCUCUAGAGUUGUGCUGUCCCAAAUCUGCAGAGGACUACAAAUAGAAAAUUUUACUUUGCCUGUUUCAUCAGGAAAAGGCACAAAGGUUAUUUUAUGUUCUCUCUUUCUUCCGCUGUUCCUUUCAUUCUAUUUUUUUCCCUUUUUUAAUAUUUUAUACUUCUACUCCUUUCUGACUAAUCAAUUCCAAAGCUCUACAAACAUUGUAUAACUGGCAGUUACCUUUCUGAUUUGACUUUCAUUUUCAUAAUGUUCUUCCAAUAAAAUACUUACAGUUUUAAGUGUUGUAUAAUCUCAUAUUUAAGGCAUACGUGUAAAUUUUAUAAAUGGAGCCAAUCAUCUACAAUUGGUAUGUAUUUUUCUUUGGUAUCUAACAAAUUAAGCUUAUGCAACCUCUGCAUGCAUCAAAAUACUCGAGCAGUGUUUUAAAUUAUCCAGACUCUAGUGUAUAAUUGACUUUUGUUUUUCUCAAAUUUAAGACUGAAGCAAUUAUUCUGUUGUAGUUCGUUGCAACAGUUAGCGUUAAUGCCAUCAGUUACGUAGAGUUCUAGAAAUCUGUAUAUCCACGACAUAAAAUUUUUACUUUUUGUGUGAGUUACAAGCUUUACUCAACGUGACUUUGAAAUUUUAAAUUGACUCUCAGACAGCUACAAUAAUGUAACAGAUGAAAGAUUAUAUUAUGAUUCACAUUUUGGUGAUGUAAAUUGUUCAAAAAGUUUCCUCUUGCAAUCAUUGUCAACUACGACAUUGCCCUGAAAAUUCUGCAAAACAACGUUGCUCACAUUUACAUUAUUUGUAGCCAAGGGGCUGUUCAUAAAAUACAUAUUCGUUAAUUGGAUUUUGUGACCCCCUCUUCCUCAUAAUGUAUCUGUAACACAACUGUACCCCCUAAAACAAAUUAUGUAAUGAGUAGUUCAACCUUUUCUUCGAAAUGGUGUUUUGUGAUGAAUUUUGGAUUAAAAAUGGCCUCAUUGUGCUGUUGUUUGGGUUUUCGCAAAAUCAGUGCUCGGCGCAGAUUGUAGCGUUAUGCAAUGCAGCUCUGAACGCCUGCCCUCUCCCUGUAUUACAGGCUUAGAAUCCUCCUUCCUCCUGAAACAUUAUGUAUCCUAUGAACGGCCCCUCAGCUUCAAAUAAGAUCAUUAAUAUGUAUUCUUUCUUCCAAAAAUUCCAUGCUUUAUAUCAAUAUUUCUCUUGAUUUUUACUUUAAUUUCUCAAUCAUUAGCCUUUUUCUCUAUUUGCUGCUUACAAAAGACAUUAGUCAACAGAAAUAAGAGUAGCCAAGCACCAAAAACAAAGAUAAUUUGCUUCAUUGGAGUCUACAUGGCACUUUAGCUUGCUUGUAUUUGUAAAUUUAAUUGUCUUAACUGUCCAAAAUAUGGGGCAAGAUUUGCUUCCACUGUUAGUACCUGUAAAUUUUAUUUUUUAUUCUCAAUGUAUUUUCUUUUGAAAUUUUUCUUUUUUUAAUCUAUUCCAUUGUAAACGUCCCUAUUUUUCAGUAUCUUUCACCUCUGAGUGAUCGUUUUCAUGAUUGAACUGCAUCGAGCAAAAACUGCUGACAUCCACUUUUUAAGCUUUGAUUUUUUUUUUUAUGAUAAUACUUUUCAAGAGUUGAUAGAAUCAUGGAAAUGGUGUGAAUACUGGUUUUGAUAGUAAAAUAACUUUUAAACGAGGAUUCACACUACUUCCAUGGUUGUAUCCAACUCUAUAAAGUAUUCAUCAACCUAGAAAGGCUCAAGAAUGGAAAAAUGGACGUAAGCAGAUUUGGCCCAAUGCAAUUCAUUUGAUACAAGUACAUACCUUGUUUUACUCCAAAUGGUGGGGUAUUUUGACAAUUGCAUAUUCUUGUAAUUAAAAUCGACAUUGAAUGAAAUAAGAGAAAAAAUUUCUCGUACCAUUUGCGCUUACCUCAAGUCCAAGAAAAAUGAGACGAAUAUUGAUUAUUGCAGCUUCCUUAAUUUUACUGGAGGGCUCCUCAACAGCUCUAAAACUGCGAUCAAUCCAACUUCAAAUAGCUUAGUUUUAAGUUUUCAGUUACUUUUAAUUUGCGCAAAAUAUCCCAUUAUCAUGUCUGAGGUCACAUUAUGACCCCUCACUGCAAAGUUUCCUCUUCUAGCUAAGAUUUAAAAAACAUUUGCAGUUUCGAAAAUUCAAAAUUAAACCCUCAGUGGUGCUAAAAAUUUCGGUGGUAAUACUUUUCAACUGUUCAAGCCCAGAACUCCGUUGGUUGCAGUGAUGCGCCUUAGUGCCGUUCUGUUGAUCGUGAUGAAAAAAUGUCCAUGAAUUAUAAUCAAUGUUGAAACUUUUAUGAAUUGCUACUACCUAUUUAUUUCAAGUAAAAUAAAUAAAAUAUUCAUACAAA